UGUGUGUGUAGUUAUAUAAAUAUUACAUGACUAAUGAAAAUGUUGGCCAGUAUUUUCACUGAAGACAUCUUAAACCUCUGAUCAACUGCAAUUGUCCUACAAUGAUCUUAAGACUUUAGCUGUUACAUUAACCAGCCAGAAUACAGAGCUGAGUGGGCUUUGAGAUAUAUUUACCAGUCAGUCAGCUGUAAUAUGGCCAAUAUAUUAUAUAUAUAUGUAUUAGUUUUUCCAUCAAAAUCCUUACUUGGCAUAUUCAUGAACGUCUGAGCCAAUAGUAAGAAUGAAAAAAAUAGUGUUAUUUCCUCUUAAAGUGAAUUCUAUAACUGUUCAGCUGCUUCCUUCAGUUCUGCACAUUUUUUCUACACAAUCUUUUGCUCUGGAAUGAGGGGCUUUGCCUGUGCUUGUUUUGGCCUUGGGGAGGAAUAAUACCAAGAAUUCUCUUGAAUAACAGAUGGGAUUAAGCUAUGCUUAUUUUCUUUUAUUGGUAAAAUAAUGGUUGCGAAAAUAAUUGAAGUUAAUAGCAGAGCAUAUGCCCUGAUAUUCCGACAUUUUCUAAUACAAAACCGAAACUUGAUUGAGCCAUUAAGCCCGUUGUGCGAUGUGUUCCAGGUUUUGACACGGUACGGUUCACUUUGAGGGGUGUGGUUAUACAGGUAAAGGUAGGACUACUUUACUGUGCAUUUUCAACGGAUCCGCGUCGACAGUCGGGUGAAGUUCAUUGUUGUGAGAUUUAAGGAUAUGAACUUUAGAAAGUAGGCCUAAGCUGUAGUGGAACACCAGUGGUGAGAUGUCAGACACCAAGACAACUUCAACACCACAGUCGCCAGACGAAUGGCCGGAACCACUUGGAAGUCCAACUUUGUGGAGUCCCUCUACUUACCCCCGUAAUACAAUAAGCACUCUUAAAGUGGCAGAUGGGCUGUUCGUGGACCGCUCGUUCCCUAGAGGUGAUAUCCUCCAGCAGACCUUAAUUGAAUGGAAGCGUCCAAAGGAGAUCUGUCCAUUUCCACAAUUCAUUGUGGACGAGGCUACACGUAUGGAUGUCUGCCAAGGGAAACUGAAUGACUGCUGGUUUCUGUCUGCGGUUGCCUCUCUCGCCCUGCACCCAUCCCUGCUAAAACAGGUUGUGUCAAUGGGACAGAGCUUUCAAGAGGGCUAUAACGGCAGCUUCCACUUCCGGUUCUGGCAGUAUGGCGAGUGGAAGGAUGUGAAGAUUGACGAUCAGCUUCCCACUGAGAAUGGACAGCUGAUCUACCUGCGCUCUGCUCAGAAGAAUGAGUUCUGGAGCUCCCUGCUGGAAAAGGCCUAUGCCAAACUAAAGGGGGGCUACCGGGCCCUCAACAUGGGCUUCCCCCACGAGGCUAUGGUAGACCUGACAGGAGGAGUCACUGAGGUCUUCCAAGUGGCAGCCCUGCCUAAGAAUCUGGGAGGUUUCUUGAAGCCCCUUUUGGCCAAAGGGGCCCUUAUCAACUGUGCAAACAGCCGGGGUCUCCUUCCGCAGAAGAAUGUGUUUGGAAUCCUGUUCCAACACGCUUACUCCGUGACCAACAUGGAGAAGAUCCAAACCAAGUCAGGCGCUGUGGAGCUGGUGCGCGUACGCAACCCAUGGGGGAGCACCGAGUGGGAGGGCCCCUGGAGCGACGUCAAAGGGCCGGAGUGGAGGGAGGUUUCAGCACAGGAGCAGCAGCGCAUUGAGAGGGUGAAGAAGGAAGAUGGAGAAUUCUGGAUGUCUCUGUCAGACUUCCGUCUGAACUUUGAUUUUAUUGAGGCGUGUCACUUGGGUGAUGACACCCUGAGCUCUGCACAGCGGCCCUGGCACUGCACAAUGCAUCAUGGGAGAUGGGUGGAUUACAAGUCUGCUGGCGGUCCUCACAAAGGGGCGUGGUACUGGCAGAACCCCCAGUUCCAUCUAACUCUGCUGGAGCAGGACGAUGACCCUGAGGACCCAGAGCUCAGCUGUUCCUUCCUGGUUGCCCUCAUGCAGAAGCACCAGCGACAGAAGGGGAUCAAUAUCUCCAUCGGCCUGCACAUCUACAAGGCUCGAUCGGAGAACAGCUACCUCAACUCGUUGGAUCUGUCUCAGCUGGAGCCUCUCUGCACUGCCAACUACCAAUCCUGCAGGGAGGUGGUGUUCCGUGGUCACUUGGCCCCUGGCCAUUACAUCAUCAUCCCCUCCACCUCCAAAAACCACCAGGAGGGAGAGUUCCUUCUGCGGGUCCUGACCGAAAAGGGCAACGGGGCUGUUCCAGUGGAAAUCCCCAGCUCUGAUAAGCCUGUGCCUGCAGAGGUCAGUUCUCCCUCCCUGUCAGUGCUUCCCUCUCUCAGCCUCAUGCGCCAGCUCUUUAAGAAGCACUGCAACAAGGAGGGACAGUGUCGACCUGCUGAAUUGUUCAGCUUGCUGACAGAGGCCAUCAGUGGAGGAGCCCUCUCAGGGAGUGAACAGAAGCUGUGUCUUGAACACUGCAAGAGCUUUGUGGUUCUAAUGGAUAGUCAGGGAUUGGCUCAGCUUGACUGGCUGGAGAUUCAGGUUCUGUGGGAUAAAUUCAGGAAGUGGACGCACAUCUUCAUGAAAUACGACUACAACAAAUCUCAUUCUCUAGAGUACAAAGAAAUCAAACAUGCACUCAGGACUGCAGGCGUUCAGGUGGAUGAGUUCAUCAUGCAGCUGAUUGGUCUGCGCUACACAGAGCCAGAUAUGACUGUGAGCUACCCUGGCUUCCUGUACCUGAUGAUGAAACUGGAAAGCAUGAUCCAUAAAUUUCAAGCCUAUGACAUGAUGGGAAUGGGAAUGAUAUCGAUCAACUCCAGACAGUGGCUUCAUAUGACUCUCUACAACUGAGCCUCCAGGCUGGAGAAGGAUGCAUUCAGGCCCGGGUAGCAGUGGACUGUGUGACGAUCCAGCGCUGAUCCAGCCUCAGCAUCCUGCUUGAUCUUUCAAAACCCACUAUCCUCUUCUAUUUCAAAGUCAUUUGAUAGAAUCGUCUCCAUGGCAUGGGUUAUUCAGAUAAUGCAUGUGCUCUUGUUUUUUUAACAACCAUUCUGUGUGUUGCUAUGGAGAGGAGUUAUCAUUAAAGUGAGUCAAAACUUGA